AUCCGCGGUGAGCGCCCGCGUUACGGUACGCAGGGCUGCCAUUUCCUGCAUAAUAAUCGGAAGUAGGUGUGUGUGCAUCAUGGGAUAGACACACUCCACUUCCUUUUCCGGUUUGAACCGUUCAACAUGGGUUACCGCGGACGUAGAAAGUCGCUGAAGCGCGUGGCAGCACCGAAGUCAUGGAUGUUGGAUAAACUGAGUGGCAACUUUGCUCCCAAGCCGAGCCCUGGCCCACACAAAUCUCGAGAAAGUCUCCCUUUGGCAGUGCUUCUUCGCAAUCGCUUGAAGUACGCUCUUACAUAUGAUGAAUGCCAGAAGAUUACCAUGCAACGUCUUAUCAAGAUUGACUCAAAAGUGAGAACUGAUAGGACGUUCCCCUGUGGAUUCAUGGAUGUUGUGUCCAUUGAGAGGACAAAUGACUUCUUUCGCAUCCUGUACGAUGUAAAGGGUCGCUUUGCUGUGCACCGCAUCAAGGCAGAAGAAGCCAAGUACAAACUGUGCCGCGUGAACCGUCUGAUGGUUGGUCCUAAAGGUGUGCCAUUUUUGGUAACCCAUGAUGGCAGAACUAUUCGCUAUCAUGAUCCUCUGAUCAAAGUGAAUGACACAGUCAUGGUGGAUUUGGCCACUGGAAAGAUCAAGGACUUUAUCAAGUUUGACUCUGGCAAUCUGGUGAUGGUGACAGGUGGGCACAACCUUGGGCGAGUUGGAACACUCACCCAUAGAGAAAGGCACCCUGGUAGCUUUGACAUUGUUCACAUCAAAGAUGCUCUUGGACAUACCUUUGCAACAAGAUUGUCUUACGUGUUUAUCAUCGGCAAAGGAGCUAAGCCAUGGAUUUCUCUUCCAAAAGGCAAAGGGGUUCGCUUGACCAUUGCUGAGGAGCGCGAUAGGAGGCUUGCAGCCAAAACCCAGUAAAUGUCUGCACACUGAAGUGCAAAACUAGAACUGUUGAUUGCUUCUCGUAUGAAUUAAAAUUGAGAAGACUG